AGCACACCUACAGUGACCUACCUAGUACCCAGUAACUAACUGUAUAUUACCGCGGGGCACCCCACUAAAGCUCACCCAGUCCACCCAGUCCACCCAGUCAAAGCAUCCGCAUUCCCAAAUGCAACAACAAAUUAUUAUUCCUACUACCUACUAUGCCGUCAUCUAAACCCGCAACCACAUCUUCUUCAACUAUCUACCACAAUUCCCUCUUCGUCCUCCUCCUCGCCAUCCUCCUGCUAUCCUUCUUCCCCGGCGCCUUCCACUACAUAAUCACCCUCCCAUUUUCCUAUCUCUCCCACUCCCACAACACCAGCCCCAGCCCCAGCCCCGCUACCCCACCACCACCGCCAACAAUGUCGUGGGCGCAGAAGCAAUUCACCCUCCCGCCGCGGUCGCGCGGCUCCUACCUCGUCACCGACCACGUCGUCAGCGCGGUGCCCGAGAUCCGGCAGUUCAAGGUGGGGCUGCUGAACCUGUUCGUGCAGCACACGAGCUGCGCGCUCAGCUUGAACGAGAACUGGGACGACGACGUGCGCGCGGACAUGACGGAUGCGCUGGACCGCAUUGCACCCGAGGCAGGGCCCAAGGGCGAGGAGCUGUAUAGGCAUAGUGCGGAGGGGAGCGAUGAUAUGCCGGCACAUAUCAAGUCCGCGCUGAUCGGCGCGAGUGUCACGAUCCCUAUAAAGGAUGGGAAACUAGCUACGGGAACAUGGCAAGGCAUCUGGUAUCUCGAGUUCCGAGACGUCAAGCACACAAGGCGGGUAGUAGCUACUAUUCAGGGUGAGAAGGCAUGAGCAAUGCCUACCCAAUGGGUAAAAAAUAGUAAUACAGGAUCGAUCACCAGAUAAUCAAUAUUAUUCAUUGUCCAUUCCAUUUUUCUUCAAACUAGAAAACCUAGCCCAUAUGCAGCCCAAUGGGACA